GCAAAAUGGGUAUGAUUAUGAGUUUCAUGGGAAAAGGAGGAUCGCCAUUAACACAGAUGUUGCAUCUUGAUGCGGGGACGCUCUACAGCCGCCUCAUUGGGAAAGAAAUCAACAACUUUAACGACUUCCAUAUUGCUAUUCUUGACAUCUUCAACACUAUCAACUCAGCAUUGCCUGGUAAACACUAUGAUGCACCAUCGCACAAGGAAGUAGAGGAUUGUUUUAAAGAAUGGAAAGUCACCGAAGAUCAAGGAAAGAGGGACUUGUUCAUCAAGUUUAUGAAGAAGAGGGUCAAUCUUAGCAAAUUAGAUGACAGCAUGAUGAUCACUGGAAUUGUAACACCUCCUGCAGCCAUGGUGGCUAAGAGAGCCGGAGAAAAGGUUCCCCAGCUGAAAGCGAUCAAGGCGAUUCCCGACGUCCUCUUUGUUCCCACAGCGACGGUGUUGGCUCUUGUCACUGUUAAGUUCUCCAAAAGGCUUUUAAUGGGAAAUACAGCAUCCUGAAUGUGCCUAAUAUGUCCUCUUCCUUUAUGUUGUAUAUGACAUACCACAAGUACCCAUCUAUCAAUGGCAU